GCAGUGGGCGGGGCGGGGGUGUCCGUGCCCAGGCUCUGGAUUGGGAGCAGGGCAGCAGCCGGGCCGGGUCGGCAGCGUGUGCGGCGCUGCACGAAAAUGCACUCGGAUGCCGCCGCUGUCAAUUUUCAACUGAAUUCUCAUCUAUCAACGCUGGCAAAUAUUCACAAGAUUUACCACACCCUCAAUAGGCUGAAUCUGACAGAGGACGUUGGUCAAGACGAUCACCAGACAGGAGAGAGCCUUUCAAAGAUUCGAAGAAUAGGAAGUCUUCGGUCUUGCAGUUCAUCAGACUGCUUUAGUAAAGUGAUGCCUCCAAGGAAAAAGAGGAGACCUGCAGCAGGCGAUGAUUUAUCUGCUAAGAAAAGUAGACAUGAUGGUAUGUAUAGAAAAUAUGAUUCAGCUAGAAUAAAAGCAGAGGAAGAAGAAGUCUUUUCAAGUAAGAGAUGCUUAGAAUGGUUCUAUGAAUAUGCAGGCACAGAUGACAUUGUAGGGCCAGAAGGUAUGGAGAAAUUUUGUGAAGACAUUGGAGUCGAACCAGAAAAUGUAGUUAUGCUUGUGCUAGCAUGGAAGUUGGAUGCACAAAACAUGGGCUACUUUACAUUACAAGAGUGGUUAAAAGGAAUGACAUCACUACAGUGUGAUACUACAGAAAAAUUGAGGAAUUCUCUGGAUUACUUGAGAUCUUUAUUAAAUGAGCCUACUAAUUUUAAACUUAUUUAUAGAUAUGCCUUUGACUUUGCACGGGAAAAGGACCAGCGCAGCCUAGAUAUCAAUACUGCCAAGUGUAUGUUGGGCCUUCUUUUAGGAAAAGCAUGGUCCCUUUUUCCAGUAUUUCAUCAGUUUCUAGAGCAAUCAAAGUACAAAGUUAUCAAUAAGGACCAAUGGUGUAACGUUCUUGAAUUCAGCAGAACAAUUAACCUUGACCUCAGUAACUAUGAUGAAGAUGGAGCCUGGCCAGUAUUGUUGGAUGAGUUUGUGGAAUGGUAUAAAGGAAAACAGAUGACAUAGGAGUUUAACUAUGCACAGCCACUCAAGAGUCACUGUUACCACAGUUAUGUCAACCAUUAGCCAUAAACUGCUAUUUGUAUCAAAGUGCAUGCUGCUUUUCUUGCACUGCAUCCCUUUGGCAGGGAACUUUUGAUGUUUGCUAUUUAACAAGCUAGCUAUGCUUGCUGUUUAGCAUUGUUCUCUUUGAAGGCUGCUUUGCAUUUUGUAUUUACACUAUGAAUUGGUGAACUUGCCAGAGUCUUCACUGUGAUUAUGUGUAUAUUGCUGUCUAAAUUUUGUAUAUGUGUAUAAAAAAAGGCUUCACCUAGGAAUUAUUUCUGCAGAAAUGUAUUGUAAAAAUAAUUUUGUGGCAUAUUUCUAAUCAUCACCUACAUGUCUGUUGGAACUUUAAGUAUUUUGUUUUUCUUUUGGUCUUAAAUGUAGCAUUUCAGACUUUUUGGACAUAGUUAUGUGAAGAACUAGUUUCAAUAUUACUAUUUGAGAUGCCAAUUUCUGAGAAGAGAAGACAUGCUGUGAUUUCUUGCACCAGAAUUCGCCAAACCUGACCUAAUGCUUUAUAGGAAUGAAACAUUGGUGUCUUAAAAAAUAUAUAUACUUAUAAAUAUUUAAACACUGUAAUAGUUGUACAUGCCACAGAUGUUUUCCAUUCGAAGGAAAAAGUACUGACUUUCUAAUGUUAAAACUGCAGUAGUCAUUACAGGUACAAAUGAACAAAUUAAAGUACCUUUUAAAAAUGGG